AUGGUGUGCAUGAUGACCUCGGAUGCUCACAGUUGUCUUAUCAAGUACAAGGAGGUGAUACAAGAAGAACAGGAGAACUGUCAAACUAUAUUGAACGAACGACAGAUACAACAGCUUGAAGAUGCAAUAAUUCGACGCCUGAAAAGUGUCAAAGGAAAACUGGUAUUCUCAAGAAAGCUCCACAAGUUGGAUGAUCAUGUGCUAAUCGAUGAAAAUGAAAACUGGGUCCUCAAUCUCUCCACUCGCGUGAUCGCACAGGAUGAAAAACGAAUCCUCAAUAAAGGACUCAACUUCAACGUAAGAAAUCCCACAAACAAGGAAUACUUGGUUGAACUGGAACAAACUCUCAAAUCGUCCACGAUACCUGAGGAUGAGAAACAAACCAUCAGACAAAUAGUCGUCCCAGCCCUGAUGCGAAAAGGAAAACCCAACUGGCGUGCCCUUCGAUUGGUUGCGCUACACUUGCACGCUCUCCGUCACAUUGUGGGAAUUUUCACCUUUUCACUCACUAUCAUGCGCCAUCGUUACUCACGGAAUGAUAUUAUUUGUUUCAAACGUGCCACGGCAUGCUUCGAUGGUUUAGCG